AUGUUUGAAGAGGGAACAAUGAUAAAUGAAGAAGAAGCAGAUGUUAUUAUGAGUAAUACAUUUAAAAAAAUAAUGAACCAAAUGAGCAAGCUACAAAUAACUGUCAACAAACGUCCACUUAUGUAUAUAGUAAGUGAUGAGGAAGAUAACAAAGACCAAGACAAUCAAGAUAUGGAUGAUGAUAAUAAUGAAAUCUAUCAACAAAGUAUUGAGGAUAUAAUCGAAAAUGUAGAUUAUGAUGAUGGUAAAAAUCAAAAACAAAGUAUUAAAGAUACGAUCAAAAGAAUCGAUCAGUAUAUAAAAAAUGAAAAACUUAGCAAAACUGAGUUAGCACGGUAUCAGUCAGUUGUUUGGUACUUGCAUCUUUUACAAAAUGGAAAAAAAAUAGAAUCAAGUGAAACUGUUGCAGCUAUUUGUAAUAAAG